AUAUGCAGUAGUAGCGGAAACACCACGCGUAUAACCUCUUAAAAUUAAAAUGUUAUAGUGAAUUAAUUUGGAUUGUCUAUUUUUGUAAGUACAGCUACUUUAUUCUUCACGGUUUCGCGCGUCUUACGUUUAGCAAGCAAGGUAGGAAACGCGUGGAAAAAUGUUCUCAUACAAAUAUCUUAGUAAACAGCAUCUCCAAGGCUUUAAUAAAUAUAAGUACAGCGCUAUAGAUACAAGUCCUUUGAGCAAUUAUGUUAUGCACCCAACAUGGAAUUUUAUCACAAAGUUCAUACCAAAAUGGAUAGCUCCGAACGUAAUAACUUUUGCCGGAUUUCUCUGCAUGGUAGCAGCAGUAGUGUUACUCACGGUAUAUGAUUACGACUGGCGAGCGUCGGUGAGGUGGACAGAGAGGCAGACAGAGUACGGCAUACCAGGCUGGGCGUUUACCACUUGUGGAGUAUUGAUAUUUUUAGCGUAUAAUUUGGAUGGCCUCGACGGCAAGCAAGCCCGCAGGCUUGGAGUGUCAGGUCCUUUGGGCGAGCUGUUCGAUCACGGGCUGGACUCGUACAUCGUGUUCCUCAUCCCGUACGCUGUUAUAUCCAUCUUUGGAAGAGAUCCUGUGUACUCCGUGGUUUGUUUUAGAGGGUUCCUAAUGGUGAUGAGCAUAGUGAUCAACUUCUACAUCAGCCACUGGGAGAAGUACAACACCGGCACCCUCUACCUUCCCUGGGGAUACGACAUUAGCAUGUGGGUAACAUCGAUGAUCUUCAUCAUCGCCGGUGUCUACGGCCCCGAUGCCUUCAAGUUCUACUUGUUCGGAGACGUGACCUUCGCAGUAUCUUUCGAGACCCUGGCCCACUGCAUUGGACUCUUCACUACACUUCCUGUCGCUGUUUAUAAUGUUUAUUUAUCCCGAAAAAAUAGAACUGGCAAGAAACAUACACUGAUGGGUGCUUUGAAGCCAAUAUGGUCUUUACUGACCAUCAUCGUCAUCAUGAUGACGUGGGGCCUUAAAUCGCAUAACGAUAUUGUGGAAUAUGAUCCGAGAGCCUUUAUUGCCUUGUUUGGAACGUUAUUUAGCAAUAUUGCUAGCCGUCUCAUGAUAGCUGGUAUGUGCCACCAGAAAUGUGAUACUCUACACUGGUUCACGUGGCCUCUUCUGGCAGGAGUGGGGCUAUCUCUCUACCUACCCUCUGUGGAGAGGACUGUGCUAUACACCCUCUUUAUUUUGAGUGUGUUGGCGCACGUGCAUUAUGGCGUUUGUGUGGUUCGACAAAUCUGCGAUCACUUUAGAAUAAGCUGCUUUACUGUGCCGAAAAAUAAACUUAAGUAAUUAUCGCAUGUAUUUUUAUAAAAAAAUGUUUGAUAUUAAAUUUUUUUAUAAAUAUGUUUUUUACUCA